AUGGGCUUCGUACUCAAGAGUACGCUGAUUUCGGCAAGGCAUUUCAAGCUUGAACAAGAACCUUACCAUGAACACCAUACAGACCAACUACCUGUUCACCUUGGCUACAGCCACCGCUACGGCCCUUUACUCCGCCUCCGGCGCCGCCCUCCCUGUUCCGGCUGCCCCGUUGAUAGUGCCCACCCCAAACUCGUUUUAUCAAUUGCGAGGUUGACGUUCUCCAAGACGGCAAGGUUGUCCAACUCGUGGAAAACUGCCGCAAAGAGGCCGUUCCUGUAG